AUGACAAUUCAAGAAGGCUCUCGGAUUUCACUCUCUAUCGAUCUCUUAGUUUUUCCAGAAUCCUGUAAGGGAAUUAUAGGAGGAAAUGAAGUGCCCUCUCAUGCCAGACGCUACAUGGCUCUGAUCAAAGGACUGGGAAUCUGCGCAGGGGCUUUGAUCCACGAGAACUGGGUCCUGACAGCUGCUCACUGUGACCUGAGAGGCAAGCCUCAAAUUAUUCUUGGUGCCCACUCUGUAUCUCAGAAAGAGAAACUCGAACAGAUGUUUUCCAUUAAAAGGGCAAUUUCCUACCCAUGCUACGAUCCUGAGACAUUUCAAGGAGAUCUUCAACUCCUUCAGCUGGAUGGUAAAGCAGCUAUAACCAAAGCUGUGGGAAUCCUUCACCUCCCCAAAAGAGGAGAGGAUGUGAAACCCCACACCAAGUGUCGUGUGGCUGGAUGGGGGAGCACCAAAAGAGAUUCUUGCAAAGUUUCCAACAUCCUGAGAGAAGUCAACGUCACCGUGAUUGACCGAAGAGUCUGCAACAAUCCAGCGCACUACAAUUUCAAGCAGUUGGUGGACAACAGCAUGCUCUGUGCCGGCGGCAGGCAAGGGGAAGACGAUUCGUGCAGCGGGGAUUCUGGAAGCCCUCUGAUAUGUGAUAACAUUUUCAGGGGUGUCACUUCCUUUGGGAAAUGCGGUGACCCCAAAAAGCCUGGCGUCUACAUUCUCCUUACAAACAAAUAUCUCAACUGGAUACAGAAAACCAUUGCAGGGGCCAUGUGACACUGGUCCGUGGAAGCAGAGCCCCGAGGUUGCCACUGGUAGAGAUCAAGCAAAGGGGUCUGAAACUUCACCUAUCCCAAGAAGCACUUCUUCUUAACCGUGCUAGCCAUGGCCUGUCUGACAUGAUCACCAGCCACCUGCUUGCAUUGCUCUGUAGAUC